AUGCAGACGCUUUGGCGCCGUAUUACAUCACUCUUUCUGAGGAAAACAGAGUCGGAGGAAAAGACAUAUGCAUGGACUCAAGAGAACUCCAAGUUGAUGUCUAUUCAGGGAGUUGUGACCUCUCUGUGUAAUGACUAUGGCUGGAUUAAUGAAACCAUCUUCUUCAAUACGGACGUAAUCAGUGACAAUGUGCUUCUGAACAUAGGGACAAAUGUCCUUGCACUUGUAGAAGAAAACCCAAGAAAUCAUAUCUUCAAAGCAAUCAAGGUGAAAGCUAUGAAUAAUCUUCCUGAGGGCAGUGAGCCAUCAAAACUUGGCAGAAGGCUUUGUAUCAAAUGUGUCACCUCUGUAACUGAAGACAACAUCUAUAUCAGCAAGGACACGUUUUUCCCAUUAUGCAUGUUUUCUGGAGGAUUCAGGCCAUUCAAAGGAGAUUUGUUGCUGGUUGAGUAUUCCAUGAACCCGGGCAAUUCAAGCAUCAAUAUCCACUCUGUCAGCCCCCUCAACUCUCAGAAUAUGGACGAGGUCUGUGUUACCAGCAUUGAUGGAAGAAAUGGUGUGGUGGAAUCUACCAUUUUUUUUACCCUCGAUUCUCUCCACAUACCUUCUGGGUAUAUACCAGGAUUAUACGACAUAGUGGACGUUGUUGCUGUGGACAGUAUCCAACCACACUGUUCUUGGAGAGCAGUAUCAAUGACCCCACUGGAAACGGUGAACUAA